AUGAUGAUGGAGUCGAAUAUCAACAGCGCAACAAUCUUACCACCCUAUGAAGAAGAAUUGGAACCAGUUGAUAAUCUUCAUUGGUCUCCAGAAACAGCAAACAGUAUUUAUUUAUUUUGGAUACCCCAGCUUCAAGCAUCAACACCAGCAUCAGAUAUUUCAUCAGUUUAUACAGCUCUAAAACGAUCACAGAUGAUAUCAACCUGGGUAGGUGGUGAUGAUUCUAAAACAGUGAUUUCAUUGGACCUGGAUUUAUAUACUAGAGCUUAUAAUCUUGUACAUUGCAGAACUGAUCUUAGAGAUAAAUUUAUCAUACACUUAGGUGAACUCCAUACCAUAUUUGCACAUUUACGAGCUAUGGGAUCUUUUAUUGAAAAUUCAGGAAUAGAUGUCAGUUGGUUAGAAGCUGAUGUUUAUGGCCCUAAUACAAUAAGACAAAUUAUUAAUUGCUCCCACAUGAAGAGAUCUGUGUAA